AUGAGCGAAACGGAUAAUGUACAGGACGAAUUAUUACUAGUCGUAGGCAUCGAUGAAGAUCAAGGUCACACCGAAAUCCCGCAACAAGGAUUGGCAUCAGAUUCAGGACUCCCUAGCCACUCCAGUAAUCAUCCACCGAACAGCAUUAACGAUGACGGUAUUGGACAAUCCAAUCUACUGAAAGGACUUCUUGAUGAUCGUGGCGAAAGAAUAGUGGAUCAGGUGCACGGUACUCGUAGAAACAAGGAACUACUCAAUGACUUAUUUGCAAAAAUCGGGGCACACUUAGAAAUGACUAGGUAUUCUGCAGAUGGUCCUGAACUGAUGGAUCGUGUCAAUGCCCUUGAAGGCACACUGACUAAAUUCGUUAAUGUUCAAGAAGAAUAUAUUAAAAGUUUAGAAACUGCGAUGAAGCAUCAGCAAGAAAGAUGUGUGGAUUUGAGUGAGAAAAUGUACAAAGCAGAAAAUCAAUACAGAGAUCUAGAAACCCAACUCAAUGUAACUAAAAAAAGCUUCUAUGAAAUCAGCCAAACACAUUCAAAUAGAGACAUGAGAGACUAUCGUGGGGACAGCAAAGAGAUCAUGGUAGAGCUUCAGCAGAAACGGGAAGAAGUAUUGUACUAUAAGCAUGAAAUCAAAGUGUUCGACGAAAGAUUUGCUCGGCAGGUACAAAUCAACGAAAAGAACCAGCAACUUAUUAAUCAUUAUAGAUGUAAAUACGAUUACGGAAUUGAAUCCGAUAGUGAAAUCAUGUCGUUACGCCAGCAGAAGCAAGCAUUAGAGAAACAGCUUUGCGAAGCGCGUAAUAAUAGUAACUAUUACAAUAACGCAUAUCAGAGCGAAAAAGCAGAACGCAAAGAGUUGGAGGACUCGUUUCGUCGUGAAUUUCAACAAAUGCGACAAAGAGUUAAUGAAGCUGAGGCUAGAGCGUCUGAAUUGCAGAGGAAGAAUAAUCUGCUCAAGGAGGAAGUCACCAGAGUUCUUGGCGAUACUACUAACUUGCCCAUUCUUCGAAGCGAGGCCAAAGAACUUGCAGGCGGACCCAGCCGCUGUGAUCCAUUUGCUGAACUCGAGAAGGAAAACAAAGUUUUGCGCGAUCAGAAUGCUGAAUUAGAGGAACGACUAUGCAAAAAAUUAGGAGCCGAAACACAAUUGGAAAAUCUGAAAACAUCUUUCCUUCAUGAAUUCAAAAAUAUGCAACAAAGUUUUGAAACUAAAACAUCUGAGUUACAAAACCUGCUAAACAGUGAAGUUACCAAUAUCAAAGCCGUUCUUGGCGAUAUUACCAAUGUCAGUUGGGGCGAUAAUGAUAAGAAUUAUUCUGUCCAGCUUGGAAAGGACAUUCUUAAAUUGCAAAAUA